AUUACUUAGCAAGUAGUGGGAGAACUACCAGUCUGACUUUUCGUUUUAACUCUCGAGCAUCUUGUAGUGGUUUUCGGUGCAAUUUUUUUGAUAAAAAAAUUUAAGUCUCUUCUAACACUCAAGAUACAAAAUGUCUUCCAAAAGGACAGUUCUUAGUCGGCCAAGGACAAAAUUGUAUGAUGCAAACUACAAUAUUGGAGAGAGUUAUUACAAACCAGCCUUAGACAGACUGGAUAGGAAAUAUUCAGGAAGACCUAUGUCACCGUCACGUUAUCAAGCACCAGCUACAGAGGACACUAAAAACGAAAAAACAGUAGAGUCAGAUUCUGCUAAGACAAAAAUAGAAAGCAUCGCUGAACGUCACGCAAGGAUAUUUGCUGACGAAGAUCUAGAAUUUUCUCGCAGGAGAGCAGAAAAGCACAUCAGACAAGAUCACGUCUUCGAUUCGAGGGGUGCCCGGAUCUCAAGAGCUGGAGCUCUACUGGAAGACAUGGAUAACAAUAUCAGCGAUGAGACAGCGACAUCCAUUAGACGAUUAAGAGCGAACAAAAAGGUCUCGAUUAUCGAUGAUGCUGAUCUCGAAACAACCACCAAUAACCUCAAAACUUUCCGCAUGCUAGACAGAUCAGACAAAAUCCUAGACUCAGUGGGUAUAAACGAAUCUCUCCCCAGACAAUUAGUAGAGAAAGACGUUUCCCAAAGACGUAGCGCUUUGAAAGUAACAUACAAACCCGACGAUGAUAACCUUACCAAAUGGACGCCACUGGAGAAUAACGUCAGCAGGUCUAUCCGAGCUAGAAGAUCAGACAUUACGGAAUCUUACGAGACUGAGACAGGAGCAGCGGAGCGUAGAGCUAAAAUGACGAAACACAGACUCAACGAUUUGGAAGAGGAAAUGGCGGCUAUGCAGGAAAAACAAGCCGCUAGGGAAGCUAGGGUUGCUAGAUUAAGAAAACUGGUGGCUGAAACUGAGCAAGAUUCGGCCGAUUUUGAAAUAUCGCAAGCCAGAUCUGAAAGGAUUGAAUCGAGGAAAGAAAGGAAUGCUGAAAAAGUAGCUGUUGAAUAUUAGGCUUUAUUUUAAGAUGAUAGUUUAAAUGGAACAAUUUUUUGAAUUUGUUUAUUGUUAGAUUAUAUAUAAAAAAAUUAUCCAAAAUAAAAAUGUUAAGAAUCCAACUUGGAAAUAGGAAAGGUAUAAUUAUUAAAUUCCCAACAAACAUUAAUGUUGCAGCAAGGUGUUGGAAGUUUAAAGAAUAUGAUGGCAAACUAAAUUGUAACAGUAAAAUCGUGGCAUUAUUGAAAUUCGUAAUUAACUGCCCUUUAAGUUGAAUCGAUGGGCCGUUGAUGGCUUUUUAACUGUUUUAUACAUUCAACGGUAAAAUUAUUAUGGCUCUUUUGAAUUUUGUAAUUAACAUGGAAACUGCUGGCAAAAUGCAGACCUUUCACUGCUUACCAAUGCCAGCCUCCCAAUGAAAGGCCAAUACAUAAAAUAACGUACAUACGUUUAAAGGCCGCGUACUUGUCAUAAAAAAAUGUUUGUUGGGUUAUUUACUGUACUACUGGAUAAAGUAAAGAUUCUUUUUAAAUGUAAAACUUUUUUUUUAAUUACAUUACGUAGAUGCAUUUUAAAAACAGUAUAAGUACUAAAAAAAUAUUAAAAAUAUAAUUUUGAUUAUCGUUUUUUUAUACAAAAAAGAAACAUCCUUAUUUUAAUAAUAGUUUUAUUGUUUAUUUGCAUUUGUAUUUCAUUGUCAUAAUUUUAUUAAAAACGUACAUUUUAUUAAAUUGUCAUAUUAAUUCAGUUCUAAUCGGCAUUUAAGUAAAUAAAUAAAAGUUUUUUAUAUACUUAUACCUAGAGGUUGUUAGUAAAAAUAAUUCUGAGUACUGGUUUUAUUUUUACAAUUUAGUAUAUACAUUUUGAAAUCGUUUUGAUAUUUUUUCUUUUUGUAAACAUUUUUUGGAUUGUUAUAUUUUUAUUGUUUUUAAUUAGUAAACAUUAUUUUGCUAGAAAUUUCGAAUAUCUUCACAGCAUUUCUUUAUUAUACCUAUAGAUAUUUCUGUAUUUGCUUAUUGUAUAUAAUGUAUUAUAUAAAUAUAAAAAUAAAUAUAACGAGCCACUUGUCAAUCAUUUUUAUACCGAGUAAAUUUAAAAUUGAUCCUUAUCAUUAAGUUCAGUUAGUUUUGGAUCAAUUGGUCUUGUAACCAAAAUCAUUAUGGAAAAUUUAAAAUUAUUUAAAACGUCGAGUAGAGAAUUAGAAAAACCUUACAAGACAGCACACGACGUCUGAAAGACGUAUAUUUUUGUCUUGGUUUUGUCGCAAUGUCCUAGGACGUUACUAAGACGUCUGGUAAAAGCCAUAAUUCAGACGUAUUAAUAUGAGAGCUCAAAAACGUCUUUAAGAUGCCUUACAAAUGUCUCCCAGUCGGACGGAAACUUGCACGGUUUGCAUAAUUCCAAUUAAACAAGAAGAAUAAACUGUUGUACAAAAUAACCAGAAAAAGCCAGUAAUAACUAGAUAGGAAAGUCAUUAGAUUUUUACUUAUACGAGUAUAUGGACUAAAACCAGAGAGAAAAGUGUAGUGGAGUUUCUGUGACCGAUGUAGCAGGUUCCUGGAAUACUUUAUAUAAGUAAUAAAUAAUAUUAGUUUAUAUACAUCUAACAUUAAUAUGUUUCCUCUAACUAAGAAUAAUUAUAAGUUUUAAUUCAGAUAUUCAUCAAUUAUAGUUUUUUUUUAUUUAUUUAUUUUUAAGUUAUUUUCAAAAAUUAAAAGGUGUCAUAGUUGAAAGUAAUAAGUGUUGAUUUUAAUUUUGAUGAUCCUCUUUAGUGCAUUUCGAUACGCACAUGUGGGCGCCAAAGUGUCAAAUCACCUCGCUAUGCGGCUUGAUUUUGUUGAUCGGCUUUGUUCUUCCAGUUUAAUGUAUAGUUCAGUGGUUUUGAUUUCGGAAAUUCGACAAAAUAAUGAAGCAUUGAGCUAAUCUAACUUUUAAACGUCAAACAACUAAAAUUUAAU